UCCAGCCGCCCCGACCGACGCCUAUCUACUACCAGACAUCCCCAGGAGUACCAGAGCAUGACACUGCUACGAAAAAAAUCCAAAGAAAAAAGACAUGUCUAAGAGGAAAUGAAAUACUAACAGUUUACCAGGUUUGUCCUCGUCAAUGGGAAGGACCAGCCACUAUAAAAAGAAAUUAAGAAGAAACUGCAAGAGAAGACUGAACAGUGAAGGGGGGUGGAAGUUGAGCUAAAGCUUAGCAUUUUGCUACCUCUGCCCGUAAUACUUUUUGGAUUUUGGGGAGAAAAUGCUAACUACUCGCGAAAGCAAGAAAAUUGGCCUUUUGCGCAAGGCGCUCGCAGCGUAGUCGCCCUUACUUUGACGCUGUUUUGAACUCAGACAUCACUGCGAGCUUCAGUCAACGCCAACCUUUUGUGCCUGAGAUAUUACCUGCCCGCCUGGCUGAUCUGACGGAAGAAGGAUGCUGCAGGGUCUCCGUGCGUGGUUCUGGCAGGACUGGAUCUGGUUCCCGGCGGGGUUGGGCUGGGCCGACCUGCAGAAUAAAGAUGGCAAGGUGUUCGGCCAGAUCGAAGACCUCUGGGUGACGGUGCCCAUCGCACUAUGCUUCCUCGUCAUUCGCCAGGUCUUCGAGUGGAAAGUAGCCACUCCUCUGGCUUCACUCUUGGGCGUCCGGGAGAAAAGUCGCGUCGAGGCCUCCCACAAUCCUUUGCUUGAGUCCUACUUCAGGUCCACGUCCAAGCACCCUGCUCAGACUGCAGUGGUGAGCCUUAGUAAGCAGAAUGGCUGCUCGGAGCGGCAGGUGCAGAGAUGGUUCCGGCGGCGGCGCAACCAGGAGCGGCCCAACAAACUAAAGAAGUUUCGGGAGGCCAGCUGGAGAUUCACAUUUUACCUUCUUGCUUUCUUUGCUGGCCUAGGUGUUCUCAUCGACAAACCCUGGUUUUAUGAAAAAGAGGAGAUGUGGAAAGACUUCCCUAAAAUGCCCCUGAUAGAGUCCCAGUACUGGUACUACAUGAUCGAGCUGGGAUUCUACCUGUCCCUUCUCUUCAGCGUGGCUUCAGACGUCAAGCGCAAAGAUUUUAAGGAGCAGAUUGUCCACCACGUGGCCACCAUUCUCCUCAUCAGUUUCUCCUGGGUGGUGAACUAUAUCCGUGCGGGGACCAUGAUCAUGCUCAUCCACGACGCCUCCGACUACCUCCUGGAGUCAGCUAAGAUGUUCAACUAUGCCGGCUGGAGGAACACCUGUAACUACAUCUUCAUCGUGUUUGCCAUGGUCUUCUUCAUCACACGCCUCAUCCUCUUCCCCUUCUGGAUAAUGCACGCCACCGUCGUGUACCCCCUCGCCAUCUACCCCACCUUCUUCGGCUACUAUUUCUUCAACGGCCUCCUCAUGGUGCUGCAGUGUCUCCACAUCUUCUGGUUCCUGCUCAUCCUGCGCAUGGCCAUCAAGUUCCUUCCUGGAAACAACAUUGUGGAAGACGAGAGGAGCGAUAGAGAUGAGACGGACGACUCGGAGGAAGAGGAUGAGAAGGAGGAGAAGAAAACUAAGAACGGACCAGUACAGAACGGCCACUCGCCCCUCAACAACAACCACCGCAAAAUGGACUGAGGAGUUGGCGCCAAAAAGAGUGAGAGGGAGAGGGAGAGAGACAGAGAGAAAGAGACAGAUGGAUGAAAGGAGUAGACAUUUUUAUUUCUUUUCUCUCUUCUGUCCAUCUUUCCUUCUCUCUUAUUACUGACCAGACCAAGAGACGACAUGGAGGGGAAAGGGAGAGAACGUAAUCAAUCCAUUCUUGCUUACAUGGAUAGCAAACACUCCACAACAGUUCACAAUUGGUUAUGUGUGUGGACACACAUUCAUAUUCACAGAUGCACUCCCCAGAUACACAAACACACACACACACACACACACACACUUUCAUUCUGACAGUUCACAUUCUCAAUCACAUUAAAACAGGGUAAACCCGUUUGUUCAUCCAUCCAAACUUAGAUCAUUUUGAAGAGCUCCCUAAAACACGCUUGUGACACUAACACUCCUGUCAUUCCCUCCACUGAACACACUACUUUUUGAGUGUGUGUGUGUGUGUGUGUGUGUGUGUGUGUGUGUGUGUGUGUGUGUGUGUGUGUGUGUGUGUGUGUG